CGUCAGAGUCGUUUGGCGGCCGAGAGUGACGUGCGCAGCGUAAACUCCCAACCUCCUGUUUUAGUUCUAAGGAACACUUGUCGGAGGAGAGGUAGCAACUUGACUUUCGAACAACAUGAUCCACAAAAAAAGCAUUGUUAUCUCAGGAUUUUUUACGUGAUUCUUUACAAUUUGUACUUGUUUGUUGCCGAACAGUUUUUACACAUCUAACGUGAAGAAUUCAGUCUUCUAAACUGCUGCGAAAGAACUUUAAAAACAAUCUCGGCGACUUCUCUUUGAUCUCGGCUGCUACCUGUGGAAUCUACGUUACUAGGCCUACAGCAGUGCUUUCGUGGAACGCCGCGUUAUAAUGGCUUGUUCGGCGGUGACGCUAUCGUUCGCGACUAUCACGGCCGUAGUCGCCGUGGCCUGCCUAGCCAUAGCUUUUGGUACUGAUAAUUGGUAUGAAAUUCGAGUAAAUCGGACUUACAUCGAAGAGCGAGAACCAGUGUCGACGCAAAAGGAUUUUGACGAAGAUGUCAGGUACUUUAGUAGAGAUGUCGGCUUGUUUCGAAUGUGUUUUCCUGAUGCUGAAAAGCCUAAAAAAGCUCCCUUGUACAUGUCUCCUGUACAGACAGAGUGCCUUAACCUGGAUUAUUACAUUCCACAAAAUCAAGAAAAUGAGAAUACCAAAAGAUUCACGGAUCAAAGAUGGGAAAGAAUCCACAUGGCUCGUUCAGUAAUUGGCAUGUACAUCGUUGGAUUCUUUUUUAUAUUCAUAUCAUUCUUUACUGGUGUUGCUGGAUGUUGGAAAAGAUCCAAGGGUAAUAUUUUAGCAACUGGAUUACUGCAAAUGCUAGCAGCUCUUGUAGAUGCUGGAGCAAUGGGACUAUGGCAUGGAGUGCAUUAUUAUGAUUAUCAAAAACUCACUGAUGAAAUGUCAUACUAUAACUGGCCAGAUGUUUUGAAGAUGAAUGGAGUUACUCAAUUCUUUUAUGGCUGGUCAUAUAUUUUAGCCUGGAUUGGUGUUGGCAUGUGUCUUCUUACUGCCAUCUUAUUCCUUGGUGCUGCAUGCUGUGUAGUUCAUGAGAAGAAACUGGAACAAGCAAAAAAUAUGCAAUAUCUGAUGCCUGUUUAUCCAGAUAAACGCCAGCCGUAUGGUUAUGGUUAUGCUUAUCCUGGGCCAUAUUAUACUCAUGGUUCCCAAUAUGGUGGUCCAUAUAGUUACUAAAUGGUCACCUUAUUUAAUUGCCUUAAAUUGCAAGGUAAACCUUAGUUUUACUGCUGACUUUGAAAAAGAAAGAUGAAGAUUAUGAGGAUUAUCGUAUGAUACAUUGAACUGAUGUUUUUAAUGGACUGCCUGGAUGUGUGAUCGACACAAAUACCUCUUUGAAACUGAAUAAUUUCUUUGUAUAUCAAGGAAAUGGACAUUCAGCGAUGGCUGUUUUUUGCAUAUUGUUUUUAAGUAUACAUCAAGAGCUAUAUAUGAAAUGGUUAAAAAGAUUACUGGUUAGUUAUUGUAGCUUUUACAGAAAGCUCUGAUCAUAUCUUGAAACAAAAUGUUAUGUGUCAAAGUACUUGAGUCUACAUAUUGCAUAUUUUUUUAAUUAUAUAUUUUAUGUAACCACAGUUAAAAAGUAAUAAAAGCCUUAAUUUAUUUCAGCUCAUAAACAAAGCUAAGUUUAUAAAGGCUUUAAAACAUAAGACUGAAGAUAAAGCAAACAUCUUAGAUUUACAAAUAUAGUGUGAACAAAGAUAUUUUCCCAUUUUGCUCUUUCUUUUGCUGUAUGUAUAUAAUAAUAUAAAUACUAGCAUAUGUAAAUAAGAUAUUUUUUUCAAUUUAUUAAGUGCCUUAAUAAAAU